UUUCAUUCUGAUCCAUACUUCUAUUUAUCCCAACAUUGUCAAGAGGGGGUGUUAGCUCUCGCGAUGCCCACCCUCCGACCAUCGGGCGCUCUCUUAAGAGCUUCCAAGCUCCCCUCACCGUCCUUCUUCACGCCAUACCGCCCUCUUCUUCAUGACAACAGCUUCUUUACCGCGCGGCGGAUAUCACCUCAGCGAGCCUUCUCCAACGUUUCGCGCCUGCGAGAAAAGAAAGAUCCAUUGAAAGAAUGGCGCGAACCCCCACCCAGCAAAUGGCCAAACAGGAUCAGACUGCUCAUGCUCCCCUUUAUUGGAGCCAUGAUCUACUCAAUGGUCACCGAUAAAUCGCUUCACGCGGCACCCCCGAGCAUCGCCGAAAAAGACUCCCUCCUCAAGCGCGAAUCAGGCAUAACCGAAAACUCCCCUAUGCGCCUCCGCAUGGAAGCCUUCAUAAAGCAGCACCAAAAGAAAAUUGUCCAAGAGCUCGAAAAGGUCGACGGCAAGCGCUUCAUUGUCGACAGCUGGCAGCGCCCCGAGGGCGGCGGUGGUAUCUCGUGCGUCCUACAAGAUGGCAACGUCUUUGAAAAAGCAGGCGUCAACAUCUCGGUCGUCUAUGGCCGCCUCCCGAAACCCGCCAUCGCGAAAAUGCGCGCGAACCAUAAAGCGCUGGAUCCUGAUGUCGAGAGUCUGGAGUUCUUCGCGAGCGGUCUGAGCAUGGUGCUGCACCCCAAGAACCCCAAUGCGCCGACAGUACACCUCAACUACCGCUACUUCGAGACGGCCGACGACGACGGCAAAACGAACGCAUGGUGGUACGGCGGCGGGUGCGAUCUCACGCCCUCGUACCUCUACGACGAAGAUGCUAUACAUUUCCAUUCGACCAUCAAGGAAGCCUGCGAUAAGCACGACAAAGAUUACUACCCCAAGUUCAAGAAAUGGUGCGACGAGUACUUCAACAACAAGCACCGCGGCGAGACGCGCGGUGUCGGCGGCAUCUUCUUCGACGACCUCGACGAGACGGAAAAGGACCAGGAGCAGCUCUUCUCCUUCGUGCAGUCUUGCCUCGGCGCAUUCCUACCUUCAUAUUUGCCCAUCAUAAAUCGCAGAAAGGAUAUGCCGUUUACGGAGCAGCAGAAACAGUGGCAGCAGUUGAGGAGGGGUCGCUACGUCGAGUUCAACCUUGUACAUGAUCGGGGUACAGCUUUUGGAUUAAACACGCCUGGGUCGCGCGUCGAGAGCAUCUUGAUGAGUUUACCGCUCACCGCGAGGUGGCAGUAUAUGCAUGAGCCGGAGAAGGGCAGCCGCGAAGAAAGGCUAUUGGAUGUGUUGAAGAAUCCGAAAGACUGGGUAUAG